CCUGGAGGAAGGCGAUAAUGCAAAGUGCGAUGUUCCUGGCUCUCCAGCACGACUGCGGACCUAUGGACAAGAGCGCAGGCACCGGCCCCAAGAGCGAGGAGAAGCGGGAAAAGAUGAAGCGGACCCUAUUAAAAGAUUGGAAGAGUCGUUUGAGCUACUUCUUGCAAAAUUCCUCCUCUCCUGGGAAGCCCAAAACCGGCAAGAAAAGCAAACAGCAAACCUUCAUCAAGCCGUCUCCCGAGGAAGCCCAGCUGUGGUCAGAAGCGUUUGAUGAGCUGCUAGCCAGUAAAUAUGGCCUUGCUGCAUUCAGGGCGUUUUUAAAAUCUGAAUUCUGUGAAGAAAAUAUUGAAUUCUGGCUGGCCUGUGAAGACUUCAAAAAAACCAAGUCACCCCAAAAGCUGUCCUCAAAAGCAAAGAAAAUAUAUACUGAUUUCAUAGAAAAAGAAGCUCCAAAAGAGAUUAACAUAGACUUUCAAACCAAAACUCUGAUUGCCCAAAACAUACAAGAGGCUACAAGUGGCUGCUUUACAACUGCCCAGAAAAGGGUGUACAGCUUGAUGGAGAACAACUCUUAUCCCCGUUUCUUGGAGUCAGAGUUCUACCAGGACUUGUGUAAAAAGCCACAGAUCACCACAGAGCCCCAUGCUACAUGAGAUGAGAAAGGGAGCCCAGAGACAGAGGACAUUUCAUUGUUUUCCUAAGGGGGAAGCCUGUCACCUGCCAAAAAGACUGAACUUGAAUUCAGCCUGGGUGUUCAGGAAACAACACUCAGAACUAUUGAUUCAGAGUUGGGUAGUGAAUCAGGAAGCCGGUAGCCUUCUAAGGGAAGCUAGUACUGGGAGGGCUUCUGCAACUGAUGGAGCACAGGGAGAGCGUGGUCUAAAUGUGGCAUGUCUCAGGCUGGAAAAGCAGCAGCUUGAGACUGAACGAUAACGAUGUAACACUAUUGGUCCAGAAGCAUUUACAAUCAAUAAGUCUGGGAUUAUGUGGCCUUAGCAAGCUGGCUGUACAUCUUUCCCUAAUUCAGUCCUUGUUACCACAUAGUGGUUUAGUUGUAGUUUCUUUAGUACUAGGUAACAUAUGUUUACUAUGUGCAAGGGUAUUGAAGUUCCUAUGACUACAGAUCAUCAGUACUGUUGUCUCACGUAACUCUAAAACUGAAACGGUCUGUCUUUGAGUUGUCAAUCGGUGUAUGUAAUAGAAUGAGUGCUGUUGUGUAGAAAACAACAAUGUCCAUUAUGAGUGCCAAAAACUGCCCUGAUGGCAGCUAAACUUCAAAGUGGUCUUUGAAUACUUUUAAUAAAUUUAUUUUGAUAAAUAA